ACAACAACUGCUGCCCCAACAACAACAACAAUGGCAGCAACUACAACAACUGUUGCUCCGACAACAACAACUCCUGCCCCUACAACAACAACUACGGCAGCAAUUAUAACAACUCCUGCCCCGACAACAACAACUAUGGCAGCAACUACAACAACUGCUGCACCAACAACAACUACAGCAGCCACUACAACAACUAAUGCCCCGACAACAACAACUGCUGCCCCGACAUCAACAACAACUACUGCUCCAACAACAACUACGGCAGCAACUACAACAAUUUCUGCCCCGACAACAACAACAACUGCUGCUUUAACAACAACAUCUGUUGCCCCGACAACAACAACAACUGCUGCUCCAACAACAACCACGGCAGCAACUAGAACAACUGUUGCUCCAACAACAACAACUGUUUCUCUGACAACAACAACUGCUGCCCCAACAACAACAACAAUGGCAGCAAUUACAACAACUCCUGCCCCGACAACAACAACAACUGCUGCUCCAACAACAACUACGGCAGCAAUUACAACAACUGCUGCUCUAACAACAACAACUGUUGCUCCGACAACAACAACUGCUGCCCCGACAACAACGACAAUGGCAGCAACUACAACGACUGUUGUUCCCACAACAACAACUGUUGCUCCGACAACAAGUCCUGCACCGACAACAACUACGGCAGCAACUACAACAAUUCCUGCCCUGACAACAACAACUGUUGCUCCGACAACAACUCCUGCCCCGACAACAACAACUGCGGCAGCAACUACAACCACGGCAGCAACUACAACUCCUGCCCCGACAACAACAACUGCGGCAGCAACUACAACCACGGCAGCAACCACAACAACUGUUGCUCCGACAACAACUGCUGCCCCAACAACAACAACAAUGGCUGCAACUACAACAACUGUUGCUCCGACAACAGCAACUCCUGCCACGACAACAACUGUUGCUCCGACAACAACAACUUUUGCUCCGACAACAACAACUGCUGCCCCGACAACAACAACAACUGCUGAUCCAACAACAACUACGGCAGCAACUACAACAACUGUUGCUCCAACAACAACAACUGUUGCUCCGACAACAACAACUCCUGCCCCAACAACUGUUGCUCCGACAACAACCACUGUUGUUCCGACAACAACAACUGCUGACCCGACAACAACAACAACUGUUGCUCCAACAACAACAACUGUUGCUGCGAUAGCAACCACUUCUGCCCCUACUACAACAACAAUGGCAGCAACAACAACAACUGCUGCUCCAACAACAACUACAGCAGCCACUACAACAAUUGUUGCUCCGACAACAACAACUUUUGCUCCGACAACAACAACUGCGGCUCCGACAACAACAACAACUGCUGCUCCAACAACAACCACGGCAGCAACUACAACAACUGUUGCUCAGACAACAACAACUGUUUCUCCGACAACAACUGCUGACCCAACAACAACAACAAGGGCAGCAACUACAACAACUGUUGCUCAGACAACAACAACUCAUGCCCCGACAACAACAACUACCGCAGCCACUACAACAACUGUUGCUCCGACAACAACAACUGCUGGCCCGGCAACAACAACAACUGCUGCUCCAACAACAACUACGGCAGCAACUACAACAACUGCUGCUCCAACAACAACAACUCCUGCACCAACAACUGUUGCUCCGACAACAACCACUGUUGUUCCGACAACAACAACUGCUGCCCCGACAACAACAACAACUGCUGCUCCAACAACAACUAUGGCAGCAACUACAACAACUGUUGCUCCAACAACAACAACUGUUGCUGCGAUAGCAACCACUACUGCCCCUACAACAACAACAAUGGGCCAUUUCAGACCUGUUUCUGCGCGAACAAGAGCAAACGGAACUGAGGCAGAUUUGGGGGUUGUGUUCUUUAACACUGUUGCCAUUUUAGAUCUCCCAACGGAGAACAAAGUUGCUCAAGUCUUAAUAGACAGUGUAAAUAAUUCCAACAACACAUUCAACGUGACCAUAAAUACUGGGACAAUUCAAGUAAUAGCAAGUCCAGUUGGAAGUACUAAUGCAACUGCUGCAACAACAACCGCUGUACCUAUAACUGCUGCACCUGCAACCGCUGCACCUGCAACUGUAGCACCUGCAACCGCUGUACCUGCAACUGUAACACCUGCAACCGCUGCACCUGCACCUGUGGAACUCACAACAAGACUGGUGGUUUUCAGAUCUGUUCUAGACACAUUUACAGAUGACUUGUUGGACACAUCAUCUGCUGCUUUUAAAAGUAGAGCUUCUAAUAUAAAGAGACAGCUUGAACCUCGCUAUCAAAAAGAAUUCCCCUUUUCCUUCAAGUCCUUGGACGUUGUGGAAUUCAGAAGUGGAUCAGUCUUCAACAACAUGCGUCUUCUCUUCCAAGGCCCAUCUGUUCCUAGUAGAACUGAGAUUGCGAAUGUUUUGCUGAGUGCAGCUUCAAGCGUCACCAACUUCGACAUUGAAGGCAGCUCCAUCACCGUGGAUGGCAUAUCUUCAAGUGGAGUAAGCCAAAAGAUCAGUCUCUUCACUGCAUCCUGUCUGGUGCUGUUGUCAUUGCUAUUGUCAAGCCAGCAAUAGCAUCUGUGUGGAUUGCCUUUGGAAUUGCCAGGAAGGAAAGGGGACUUCAUUGUCAGAAAAAUAUGAAGAUUAGUGAUUCUCUUAUCUGUUGAAUGGGUUUCAACCUUUGACACAUCAGUGACAGUGGAUUAGGUAUGUCUGUGGAACUGAACACGUUUCUGCGUGGUAACAUCCAGGAUCCUGGACAGAAUGACACAGACAACUAUAAGCCCCGUGUCUAUAUCACUCAAAUAAUAAGGCAAACAACAUUACAACAUUAUCUAUGAAACCCUGGGGUGUCUAAAAAUAUUCUACUGUUGAACUUUUACUAUCAAAAUGUAUCUUGUUUCACACAGCACUGUUGUAUAGCAAUAUUUAAAAUAGUGCCAGUCACUCAUCUUAACCUUUCUAUAGCCUCUAAAUGGAUGUAGAUGUAAUUUUUGCAUAAUCCUGCUAAAUAAUGAACAAAAAGACAAAGAAAAGCAAAUUGAAACAUAACUCCUUCAUGGCGGUGGUAAUUAAUUACUAUUUAGAUUUGUGUCUUAAAUUAAAUGAAGGAACACAUGCAGGUCAUAGUUGGCUUCACACUCAACCUCAUAUAUUUUAUCAAAGGUCAUGGUGUAUAUAUGUUUAUGUGAAAAAAAGCACUGUCCAUUUUCUUAUUUAUAUAAAGUGUAUUUAUGUAAUAAUACAUUACUGUAUUCUGUGAGAUUUCCUGUAGUUUCUACUGUAUCUUUGAGAAACUUUACAAUGAUCAGAAUACAAAAUAUUGGAAAUUUC